AAAACUAUAAAUUAGUAGGAAUGCAAUCAAACAACAUUUAUUAUAGGAAUCCUCAUCUCUUUCUAAAAAAAUCUUUCACUUAUUUUAUAUAUUGAUACACAACAUAUUAUGAAGUUAUUUACAUUUUUAAUGUUGUAAAACCCACAAAGAAAACAUAGAUCUUGUCACCUUUCUUCUUUGUUUCUUUUUCCACUACUGUUAUAAGUAUAUACAUAACUUACAUUUCAUAAUACAUAUGGUAUGAAUAUCAGCGUUUUAAUAUUACAUGAAGUUUGCGAUUAUAGAAAUAAAAUAAAAAACAUAUGAUGAUAAUGUGAUACCUUCUUAAAAUAUAUUUUUAGAUGUUUUAUAUCAAAAAAUUUCCAAGUUUAUUAUUUGUUAUAUUAAUUUCGUUAAUUUUAAUUGUAUACCAUUGAUAUAGGUCGAAAAAGAAAUCAAAGAUGUCGUACAAAUGUUUAAAAAGCAAUGGUACCAGUAUAGAAGAGACACUUGGAAAUUGGGGCUUUUCUAACAGAGUCUCAAAUUCUGGUCAAGAACUUAGACGUUUAAGAUGUCUCUUUAAUAAGAUGGAUGGCAUGAAAACUAGGAAACCAAUGAUGUGUGUAAAAUAUAAUUGUUUAUAUGACCCAGACGCAUGGCAUGUAAAACCUAGUCCUGACGAAUGUAAACCUAUUUGGACAAUGCCUAUGAGAAGACCUCUUAUUACAUAUAGUUCUACUGCUGAUAUAAUAAUGACAUCAAAUUUGGAUAGCAUUGGAACAGAUUUGCUUUAUCCUAUUCCAGGACGAAGUUAUCUAUUACAGGGCACAGAUAAAUGGUAUCGGCAUAGCCAAUGCUGCAAUCAACAGCCAAAUUGUUUCGUACAACAUCCUUGUGUACCACAGUGUUAAAAGCAUAUUAUACAUGUGUAAAAAUAAUGUACGUGAAAGUAAAAUAUCUGCUAUUCGG